AUGAAGAGAAGCUUCAGCACCACAGAGGCCCUUGCAAUGGUCAUUGAUUCUGAUGAGAUGGAAUCUGACCCCCCACAGGAUCCAUCAUCCUCAGAUUCAGAAAAGUCAACCACCACUGCUUCAGAAUCUGAUCUGGAUUUUUUUCCGCAGCCGUCAUCCUCACCUUCAAGUUCCUCAGAAACGGAGGAGGAGACAGAAGCUACCCCGGUGAGUUCUACAUGGACGGGGAGAAAUGGAGUAGUUUGGUCUUCCACAAACCAGGAGACACUCUUCCAUCCACCUGCGAUGGGCAGGAAAAAAGGGGGACCUACUCACUAUGCCACUGUGAGGGUCCACAAUAUAGAAUCUGCAUUUGGCCUUUUCUUCACACCCGAAGUCAUUGACCUUGUGGUUGAAAACACCAACCUUUAUGGGCACUUGAGCCAGCAGAAGAGCCAUCCACCAGCUCUGAAGGGUUCUGCAAAAAGAGAACUGACAAAACCUGUGUGUUCUGUGGGAAACACAUCUGCCAUGAACACAGAGUGA